CAGACCUGUAGAGGACGCGAGGGAGGCGGCUCGUAUCGAUCCCAAGUUUGGAAAAGCAUACAGUCGACUGGGACACGCAUUAUUCUCUAGUGGAAAGUACGAAGAGGCGGUGGAGGCGUAUCAGCAGGGAUUGUUGGUGGACCCGGAGAACAAGCUGAUGCAGACUGGAUUGGAGACGGCCAAGGCACAGGCGGCCAAGACUGGAGGCGGGCACAGCUCGCGGGGAGCUAGUGCUACGGGAUCUGAAGCGGUUAGCAGAGAUGCUGGCGCUGGCGCUGGUGCAGGUGCAGGUGCUGGAGGUUUCCCUGGUAUGGGUGGUGGAAUGCCUGACCUUGGAUCGCUGCUUAACAACCCAAUGAUGCAACAAAUGGCCCAAAACAUGAUGGCCAACGGGGGCAUGGAGCAGCUCCUCAACAACCCCAUGUUGCGGGGAAUGGCAGAUCGGAUGGGUCAAGGAGGUGGGAUGCCCGAUAUGAGCCAGAUUCAACAGAUGAUGAGAGAUCCACAGAUGAUGGCCAUGGCGAGGCAAUUUAUGGGAGGAGCAGGUGGAGCAGGUGGGGCCGGCGGAGCUGGACAGGGAGGUCAGGGUGGACAGGGAGGGAACUCGCGACCGGGAGAUGAUAUGUUUGGAUAGAUUGAACGGCCGGUCGGUCGGUCAGUCAGUCAGUCAGUCAGUCGGUCAGCUAGCUAGAUAGCUGCUCAUUGGCGGACUGGCUUUUUGGGUCGCUCGAAGCGACAUCACGACGUAGGAUAAUUGAU